AUGGCGAUUUCAAAAUUGAUAAUGUCUUGUUCUACCCGAAUGAACCCAAGAUUGCUGCUGUUUUGGACUGGGAAUUGUGCACAUUUGGUCAUCCAUCGUUUGAUUUGGCCAACUUCUUGCAACCUUUCCAGCUUCCCAACCAGCUUAACCAGCUUCUUUACAAACCUGAUAAAAACUGAUAUGGGAAUAGAAAAGCCCGGCUCACUUGAUAGCGUCUACGACAAAUUAGCUCUCUACCAGAAAAAUUUGGGGUACAACUGGAGCGACGAAGAUCCCAAAAACAAUCCAGUUGACCUGUGGAGCGUUGGUUUUGUGUUUGGGUUGGUUAGGUUGUGUGUAAUUUCGCAAGGUAUUGCCAUGAGAGUUGCGAAAGGAAAUGCCAGUUCUGGAGAGGCAAGUGGCUACGCAAAUUUGUAUCCAUACCUCGCAAAGUUGGCAGUAGAGACCAUUGAAAAGCCGCCUGAGUCAAAGAUGUGA